GAGGGAGAAUUGGAGAGGAGGCGCACAGGGGACUGCAGCAACGGCUCCACUCCUCACCCACUCCUUCCCUCUUCAAGUUAUUCUGCUCUUUUUCAUCUUCGUUUUAUUUUCACCCCGCGAUGAAGGCUUAGGAGAACUUAACGAAAUUAUUCUGGGCGAUCUGUGGAGGAAAUCUUGAAGGAGAAGAAGAAGUUGUGACUGGGCGUGGGUGAGGAAGAAGAGGAGGAUGAUGCUGACGAAGGUCAUUGCUCUGUGCUUCCUGUAUGGAACUGCAGUCUAUGGCCAGGUCCCCGCAUGCCACCAAAAACCAGAAUGUCCCAUCGACUUGUAUUUCCUCAUUGACACGUCGGAGACUAUUGCUCUUCAGGAGAACCCGCCAGGCAGCUUGGUGGAGAGCAUCAAAGAUUUCACCAUUGCCUUCGCUCAGAAGCUGGAGGACCAGGACUACAGGGGCCUGGUAAAGAUCAGCUGGUCUGUGGGUGGCCUCCACUUCUCUAUGACACAGAGGACCAUCUCUACCUUAACCAACAAGAAUGAGUUCAUCCGGAGAGUGCGAGAUAUCCAGUAUCUAGGCAAGGGCACUUUCAUAGACUGCGCCAUCACCAAUAUGACUAAAGCAAUGAUCAGUGCACCUCCCAAGGCCAACGUCAAGCGCUUUGCAGUGGUCAUAACAGACGGUCAUGUGACGGGGAGCCCCUGCGGUGGGAUCAAGGUGGCAGCAGAGCGGGCUCGGGAUGAGUUAAUCAAGAUGUUUGUCAUAGCGUCGUCCAAGAACCUUGAGGAAACAGCACUGAGAGAGAUUGCCAAUUCUCCGGUCGGGGUUUAUCGCAGCAACUACAUGGCUGUCAACCUCACAUCUACACGGCCCGCCAUUUUAGCCAGCACGAUUGACCGCAUCUAUGAGGCCAUGCUACAUCUAGCCUACGAAGAGUGCUAUAGCCUGAAAUGCUUGGAGACAGCUGGGCCUCCAGGUCCACCAGGACUCAGAGGACAGAAAGGUGCCAAAGGAGAUAAUGGUGAACCUGGUCUUAAAGGUGAAAGAGGCCGUCAGGGUGACCCUGGUAUUGAGGGUCCCAUUGGUCAUCCUGGACCAAAAGGAGAGCCUGGUUACAAAGGUGAAAAGGGAGAGAUUGGCACACAAGGAAGGAAGGGAGUGGCAGGGCUGCCAGGACGUAACGGCACAGAUGGUCAGAAGGGAAAAAUUGGUCGCAUUGGCGCCCCUGGCUGCAAAGGUGAUCAUGGUGACAAGGGUCCUGGCGGUUAUCCUGGAGAUGUAGGAGACACUGGGCAGCCAGGAGGUCCUGGAGAGAAGGGAGAUCCAGGUCGCCCAGGUAGACCAGGACCACUCGGCCCUCCUGGAGACCCUGGUCCUAAGGGUGAGAGAGGAAGUCCAGGAACACCUGGUAUCCCAGGGCAGAAGGGCUCUGCAGGCACACCAGGAGGCGCUGGCCCUAAAGGCGACCCUGGAAGAAGAGGAGACUUUGGACAAAAGGGAAGCCCGGGAGCAGCUGGGCCAAAGGGAGACAAGGGUGAACCAGGUCCUGAAGGUGUGAGAGGGCUUCCAGGUGAAGUUGGCAGCAAAGGAACCAAGGGAGACCCAGGACUUCCAGGACCAAGAGGCCUACCAGGAGCUCCAGGAGAGCCUGGAAGAAAUGGUACUCGUGGUGACUCCGGCGAUCCAGGCCCCAGAGGCGACCCAGGACCCCCAGGACCGAAGGGUGACCCAGGCAGACCAGGAUUCAGCUACCCAGGACCAAGAGGACCAACGGGAGACAGAGGAGAUAAAGGUAGACCUGGACCGAGAGGGAGCAGAGGAGACUGCGGACAGAAAGGAGAGCCAGGCCAGAAAGGAACUCCAGGAGAGCCUGGCGAGCCUGGACCUCAAGGGGAGCCUGGACCAAGGGGGCCAAGAGGAGACCCAGGAAGAGACGGUGAUCCUGGUCCAGAGGGAGACGCUGGCCUCACAGAAUGUGAUGUCAUGAACUACAUCCGAGAGACCUGUGGGUGUUGUGACUGUGAGAAGAGGUGUGGAGCUCUGGACAUUGUAUUUGUGAUUGACAGCUCGGAGAGUGUGGGGCUGACCAACUUCACCCUGGAGAAGAACUUUGUUAUCAACACCAUCAACAGAUUGGGCUCUAUAGCCAAGGACCCCAGCUCAGAGACAGGAACACGUGUUGGUGUUGUCCAGUACAGUCACAGUGGAACUUUCCAGGCCAUUAGUCUUAACGACUCCAAGAUCGAUUCACUGUCAGCUUUCAAAGAUGCUGUGAAGCAGCUGGAGUGGAUUGCUGGUGGCACAUGGACUCCAUCCGCUCUAAAAUUUGCCUAUGACAGCCUGAUCCGUGACAGUCGACGUGCCAAGGCUAAAGUCACUGUGGUGGUCAUCACGGAUGGUCGCUUUGAUCCCAGAGAUGACGACUCUCUGCUCACGUACCUCUGCACAGACAGCGACAUCGAUGUGAGUGCCAUCGGUAUUGGAGACAUGUUUGAACAACAAGAGGAGAACGAGAGUCUGAAGUCCAUCGCCUGUCAGAAGGAAGGAAGAGUGAUGGGCAUGAGACGCUUCGCUGACCUGGUGGCAGAGGAAUUCAUAGACCGGAUUGAGACUGUGCUUUGCCCAGACCCAGUGAUCAUCUGCCCUGACCUUCCAUGUAAAUCUGAGCCAGCAGUGGCCAGCUGUGUCCAGCGGCCAGUUGAUCUUGUGUUCUUGCUGGACGGCUCAGAACGUAUGGGCCAGGAGAACUUCCGCCAUGCACGUGAGUUUGUGGAGAACGUGGUUCAGCGAUUGACCUUGGCUCGGAGCGACAGCGAUGAAAGGAACACCCGCGUGGCUUUGCUGCAGUACGGUGAUGAGAACACUCAGGAAGUGGCUUUCCAGCUCUCACACAAUUUCACCAUCAUCUCCAAUGGCCUGGCGAACAUGAGGUACCUGGAUUCGGCCUCCAAUGUGGGCAGGGCCAUUAUGUACGCCGUCAACAACAUCUUGAUGAGUGGAACCAGCCGACUGGCCCGCCGAAAUGCUGAAAUCUCCUUCGUCUUCAUUACUGAUGGUGUCACCAGCAGUAACAAUCUGGAGGAGGGCAUCAGCGCCAUGCGCAGGAUGGAGGGUGUUCCCACGGUGAUCGCCAUGGGCAGCGACGUUGACCAAGAAGUGCUGGCGAAGCUCGCACUGGGAGACCAGUCCGCUAUUUUCAAGGGACAGGAUUUCACCCAGCUGUCCAAACCCAGCUUCUUUGAGCGUUUCAUCCGAUGGAUCUGCUGAAAGUGGGAGGGGAUCUUAAGCUCAUACUAAUGGAGGGGAGGAAUUGGUGUGUUAUUGGAGUCAGCUUGGUCGUUAGGGUCAUUAGCAGAGUUUGAAGCAAUUUCAUCUCAGCUUUGUAGGUUCUGGAAAUACAUAAAUUUAAAGGAUCACAUGAAUUUAUAGCAGAAGUGGGGGGCUUUCAUGGGUAUUCUUGGAUUUCAAUUUCCUGACCCUGCAGGUUAAGCGGAAAGAGUGAUCUUUGGGUUGCAUCCUAAUCAUCAAGCUCACUCCAUAAUGUACCAGUGGACUUGGGCUAAAGGAGCAGGAAGACACAAAAAAAGUUAAAAGAUAAACACUCCAAAGAUUAUUUACUGAAUGUUUAACUUUUUGAUAAAGUUGCCAUUGUAGGGUUUUCUUUUUAUUUCUCUUUUUUUUUUAAAGAAGAGGGCUUUACCUAAAUUGUUUUGUAUUCACACUAAGGUGCUAAACCAGAGCAAGACUGGAGUUUUUCCUGUAAAUCUUUGAAAGAACUUUUAAUAAGUUGUCGCAUACCAGCUGAAAUCAUUCUAAUUCAGGGUUAAAUGAAGCCAUUUAUACAAAAGAACAUAUCACAUAUCUCAGUCAUAGUUACAUAGUUGCCUCAGUAUGUUGCACUAGAUCAGGGGGGCUCAGUUCCGCUCCUUGAGGGCAGCACAGGUUAGUGAUUUCCCUGCUCAAAAACACCUGAUUUAAUGUAUCACUCAUUGUUUUGAUCAUCAGAUUUAGAUGGUGUGUUGGAGCAAGGAAAUCAGCAAACUGCACCGAACUUUGAGUUGAGCAGCCCAGUCCUAGCCUUAAUGAUACAGAUAAACUGAAGUAGUCAUUAUUUACUUCAUACCUGAUACAGGGACCCAGUCACACCACAGCUUCUUCUUCAGUCACAGGGACAGACCAGAAUUACCUAUCAUCACUCACAGGUGCACUCUUGCUUUGAUACAUGCUUAUGAGAGGGCAUGAAGUGUUCAUGUUAAAUGAAGUGUUGAAAGUAUGUUCACAUACUUAGCUAUAAAAGGAAGAAUGACCACAAUUGAAAAAUUGUUGCUGAGUCUUUAAAGAGCACUGUAAUCAGAUGUAGUCAGUACACUCUAGGAUGCCAUGAUGAUGACAUGAGUAUUUUGACGUGCUGUAGGACACCUGAAGGAUGAACCCCAUUAUUUUGUCAACUUCAGUGUUAGUACAAUAAAACAAGCUGUGGUAAACUACA